GCAUGGCAGCGGCGGCGGCGCCCGGCGUGGCGCCGGUUCGAGCCCGGUUCCUCACCUCCAAGGAGCAGUUCCACGCCUACCUGCGGGCAGGGGGCGAGGAGGAGGAGGAGGAAAAGGAGGAGAAGGAAGAGGAGCAGGUCAGCAGCGCCCAGAGUGAACCCCCAGCCAAGAGAGUGAAGGCAGAGGAGCUCGGCCAGGAUGGGGAAAGCCAAGGGAAGGCUGGGGAGGAGGAGAAGGAGCGCCCGGAGAAGAAGAGAGCCCGGGGGCAGAACAAGAGCCGCCCGUGCAUGAAACCCAACUGCUACGAGCAGAGCAGGCUGUGCCCCUCGGUGACACAGGGCUGUGGCGGGCAGUGCCACUUUGGGCCGCGCUGCCGCUUCCUCCACGACGUGUCCGAGUACCUGGCGGCGAAACCGGCGGACCUGGGCCAGCGCUGCGUCCUCUUCGACACCUUCGGCCGCUGUCCCUACGGUGUCACCUGUCGCUUCGGCCAGGCCCACCUCGGGGACGGCCACCAGAACCUGGUCAACGCCGCCCUGGCCCAGCAGUGGGAAGGGAAGCUGCUGGUGAGGAACGGCCUCUCCAAGGAGCUCCAGCAGCAGCUGCGCAAGAGGAAAUUCACCUUCCGGAAAGCCGAGGAGUUUCUCCGUGGGCUCCACGGUGGGAAGGGAGGCAAAGCCAGAGGGGGCUCCACAGAGGUGUCCAACUGCACUGCACCCCAGGAGGGCCUGGGAGACAGCCCUGUGCUGCAGGAGCAGGGAGAAGAUCCCAAACCAGGAGACCUGGAGGGCUCCCGAGGGGCUGAGGGUGCUCCUGAACCAGAGGCCCUGCAGAACUCCCGAGGGGCUGAGGGUGCUCCCUCCAUCCCAACCCUGGGCCCUCUGACAGAUGAGGACAUCACGAAGCUGCGGCCGUGUGAGAAGAAGAAGCUGGAAAUCCAAGGAAAGCUCUACCUGGCUCCACUGACCACGUGUGGAAACCUCCCUUUCCGCCGGAUCUGCAAACGUUUUGGAGCCGAUGUCACCUGUGGGGAGAUGGCUGUGUGCACCAACCUGCUGCAGGGCCAGUCCUCCGAGUGGGCUCUGCUCAAGCGCCACCACACCGAGGACAUCUUCGGGGUGCAGCUGGAGGGAGCCUUUCCAGACACCAUGACCAAGUGUGCAGAGCUCCUGAACAGGACAAUCGAUGUGGAUUUUGUUGACAUCAAUGUCGGGUGUCCCAUUGACCUGGUCUACAAGAAGGGAGGAGGCUGUGCUCUGAUGACUCGCUCCAACAAGUUCGAGCAGAUCGUCCGCGGGAUGAACUCGGUGCUGGAUGUGCCACUGACGGUGAAGAUCCGGACUGGGGUGCAGGAAAAGGUUAACGUGGCUCACAAAAUCAUCCCCAGGAUCCGGGAGUGGGGAGCCUCCAUGGUCACGCUGCACGGGCGAUCCCGGGAGCAGAGGUACACCCGCAGCGCAGACUGGGAAUACAUCGCCGAGUGCGCCCGCAUCGCCAGCCCCAUGCCUCUCUUCGGAAACGGGGAUAUUUUGUCCUACGAAGAUGCAAAUCGAGCCAUGCAGAUGGGAGUUUCUGGAAUCAUGAUUGCAAGAGGGGCACUCAUCAAACCCUGGCUUUUCACGGAAAUCAAGGAGCAGAGACACUGGGAUAUCUCCUCCAGCGAGAGAUUUGACAUCCUCAAGGACUUCACCAACUACGGCCUCGAGCACUGGGGGUCAGACACUCAGGGAGUGGAGAAAACCAGGAAAUUCCUGCUGGAAUGGCUCUCCUUCCUGUGCAGGUACAUUCCAGUUGGAUUACUGGAGUAUCUACCUCAAAGAAUCAACGAGCGACCGCCCUAUUACCUGGGGAGGGACUACCUGGAGACCCUCAUGGCCAGCCAAAACGUGGAUGAUUGGAUCAAAAUAAGUGAGCUGCUCCUGGGCCCUGUCCCGCCCAGCUUCACCUUCCUGCCGAAACACAAGGCCAAUUCCUACAGAUAGGGCUGGCCAGGCCCUGUCCUGCAGCGUCGGGAGGGGCCGUGAGCGGGAGCAGAGCUCCUCGGCUGCGCUGGCACUCGGAAUAAAGCUGUUGUUUUUACAAACCGUUCACAGCCAGAGCUGCCCCACAUGGCUGAGAAAGAGCCCUCAGUUCCCACACCACGUCCUUGGGAUGACAAACCCCCAGGACGAGGAGCAGCAACGUCCCCACAAGCAAGGUGACACGGAACUGAUGUUCAAGCUCCCAAAGAGAAGCUUCUCAAAGAAUCCUCAAGGCUCUGGGGCAGCCUGGAGGGUCUCAGCAGCAUCCCCACACCUGCGAGACCGCAGUGGCAGCAGCAGAGUGGGGAGAGCUGUGGUGCCAGCACCGCUGACAUCCAUCAUGGCCACCUCCAUCCCCAGGCAACAACAGCUCCCCAGG